AUGGUGCCCCUGCUGCUGCUGCUGCCCCUGCUGUGGGGGGGGUCCCUGCAGCAGCAUCCAGGCUAUGAGCUCCGAGUGCAGAAAUCGGUGACAGUGCAGGUGGGUCUGUGUGUCCACGUGCCCUGCUCCUUCACAUACCCGUGGAGUUCGUGGUCUUCCUCUACCAAAGUCUACACCUACUGGUACCGGGACGGGGACAACCCAAAACGUCCUGUGGCCUCAAACAACCGAGACAAACCAGUGAAGACAGCGACCCAAGACCGCUUCCUCCUCGCGGACCCCACGGCCAACAACUGUUCCCUGGACAUCAGAGACGCCAGGUGGAGUGACUCAGGACGCUACUACUUCCGAGUGGAGGAAGGAGAUUCUGAAUAUAAUUACGGAGGACGUAACUUCCCAGGAUAUAGUUACACAUAUAAGAUGCUGGAUUUGCAGGUGACAGGUACGGCACGGGCCCAGGAGAGCACCCAGGGACAUGGGACCCCAUCUUAGAGCAGGAACAGGACGCUGGACACUCCCUGUCCAGGCCUUGGGCCCUGGGUGGUGGGAUGAUC